ACCAACAAACAACCAUCUCAAGCUCAACAAACAUAACUGACCUUUGUAAAUUAUACCUUCUUAAUUUCUUAUACCCAACAAUUAGUUUCCGAAAUGAAUAACCUCGUAGCUUUCUUCACCUUUACUCUCAUGGUUUCUCUUUGUCAAGCUAUUGAGCUCGACUUCUGCGUUGGAGAUACUACUCUCCCGAGGGGGCCUGAAGGGUUUGCUUGUAAGGAUUCUGCUAAUGUCACUACCGACGAUUUUGUUUUCACCGGCUUUCGUCAUGAAAGUUUCACUGCAAACCUAUUUAGAAGCAAUGUGACUUUAGGAUUUGUGGAUAAUUUCCCAGCUUUAAAUGGUUUAGGAAUCUCCAUGGCAAGGCUGGACUUUGCUGUAGGUGGAGUGAUACCGGUGCACUCCCACCGAACAUCAGAGGUUAUAAUCGUGACAAGGGGAUCUAUAAUUGCAGGAUUCAUUGACGCAAGCAAUAAUGCGUUCUACAGAAGGCUCGAGGUUGGAGACGUUAUGAUCUUCCCACAAUCCAUGCUUCAUUUUCAAAUCAACGUUGGGAGAACCUCGGCUACCGCAAUUGUUAGCUUAAACGGUGCGAACCCAGCUGUUCAAUUUACUACCACCUCCUUGUUUGCCGGCAAUUUACCUGCCGACAUUGCUCAACAAAUCACUCUUCUAAGUCAAGGCGAGGUGAUGAGAAUGAAGAGGCUAUUUGGCACUGCUUAAUUAAUUUAUUCUUUUUUCAUCUACACAAUUUAAACUAGUUUUGGUUAAUAAAUAUAUGUAGUGUGUGUUGUUUAACAUUCAUACGUAUACUUGUUUCUUUUUUGUUGUUGUUUAUCAUUCAAUUGAAAUAAAUUCUUUUGUCCA